AAAUCAAAGAUGGCGUCUGGCGUCGCUUAAAUUGAGGGAUCGGCGAAGCCCUGUUUCGGCCUGUACUAACGGAAGCCGCGGGCUGUCGUGGCGGCGCUGGCCGGGGGAGAGUCGCCCAUCCUCAGCCGCGCGAAUCCUCGGACCUCAAACACGGGAGCGAGCUGGACCCCGAUGGAGCGAAGGGGGGUCACCAGUCAAAAAGGCUGAUUGGUAAAACCCAGUAAAUAAGUGAAGGGUGACUAUGGCUUUUGAGGAGAUAAAGAAGAAAGGAGUGAUGGAGAUGUCAAGCAUGGAAGGAGAGAUGGGCCUGGUGGCUGGGCGCAGUCAAAGGGAGAAGAAGCGUUCAUAUAAAGAUUUGUUGAGAGAGGAAGAAGAAAUUGCUGCGCAGGUGCGCAAAACUUCCAAGAAACAGCUCAAGGACUCUGAAUUGUUUUCAAUGGGGGGAGAUUCACAUAAGAAAAAGAAAAAGCAUUCAGAUGACUGCUAUUACAAAGACCACCACGGCUCUGGUCCUCCUCCUCAUAAGAAGAAGCGCAAGUCUUCAGACCGGUCACCCUCACUCUCCUCCUCAUCCUCCUCUCAGCCUCCACACUCCACAGACACUGCUAUGGGCCUCCUGCAGGCCAUCACCUCCCCUUUGGCCACAGGCUCAGAUCCCAGCCCCCACAUGCACAAGAAACCCUCCUACCCUCCCCACUCCUCUCACCCCUCCUCUAAAGAUCGUAAGCGUGAAGGCAGCUCCAAGAGCAGCCACUCCUCCUUCUCUCAUUCCCACUCCCGGCCCCCUGGAUCAUCUUCCUCAUCAUCCAAGAAGCACUCUUCAUCGUCAUCUUCCUCCUCCUCCAAGUCAUCCUUGUUCCAUGGGGGUACGGGCAGGGGUGAGCCGCUCACACUCAGAGAGGCUGAGGGGCUGAAGAUGAAGCUCAUCCUUUCACCCAAAGAAAAGAAUGAAGGAGGAGGGCCAAACGAGGGGUUCUCCUUCCCUCCGCACUUAUCAUCCUCCUCGGGGACCGCAGGACAUCACUCGUCCUCCGGCUUGAAAAAAGCAGGGAUGAAGAAGGAGAAGGAAAGGGACCGAACAAUGUCAUCCAAGCUGCCAAAAAAGAAGCAGCACAGCCGAGAGCCACUGCCUGUGGUGGGGAAAGAAGUGGAAGUGGAAGGGCACUAUGGUGGGUCUUUAGGAGGACUGGGAGGCAAUAGUUCGUCUUCAGGAGGAGAGCUAGAGGCAGGUGAACUAGUCAUUGAUGAUUCUUACACACAUCUCUCCAAAAAGAAGAAAAAGAGCAAGAAGAGCAAAAAGAAAAAGGAGAAAGAGAAAGACAGGGACAAGGACAAAAGCUCAAAGGAGAAGAAGCACAGCAAAGGAGGAAGUGCAGCAAAGAAAGGAUUUACAGGGGACCCGUCCAAAAGCCACUGCCAUUCCCACAGCUUGUCCAAUCAUAGCACUUCAGCAGGGAUGUAUGCCAUGGCGCCUCCAAUCCACUCUCAUCAUCAUCAUCAUCAUCAUCAGAGCAGUGACCACAUGAUUGAGAAAAAGAAAAAGAAAGAGGAGAAGGACAGGGAGAAGCAUGACAAAGAUAAGCCAAAGAAGAAGACUAUGACAGCAUACCAGGUGUUCUGUAAAGAGUACAGGCUCAAUAUAAAUGCAGAACAGCCCGGGCUUGUAUUUGGGGAGCUAAGCAAGAGACUUGCAGAGAUUUGGAAACAACUGCCUGAAAAAGAAAAGCAGGUGUGGAAGCAGAAAGCCCAGUAUCUUCAGCAUAAACAGAAUAAAGCUGAGGCCACCACAGUCAAGCAGAAGAGUUCCUUGUUGGACAGCAAAAGCAAAAUCUCCUGUAAGGCUGUGGGGCUAGGGUCAGGCUUGACGUCUGUUGGUCGCUCUUCUCUGGGAGUGGCUCUGUCACCGGUGCGUGUGCCAGAGGUGGACCCCAUCGAUGCUGCUGCCCAUCUGCAGCUGCUGGGAGAGUCCCUCUCUCUCAUCGGACACCGGCUACAAGAGACAGAGGGAAUGGUUGCAGUGUCCGGCAGUCUUUCUGUUCUUCUAGACUCCAUACUGUGUGCACUUGGUCCAUUAACCUGCCUCACUGCCCAGGUGCCCCAGCUCAACGGCUGUCCCCGCAGUGUCCUGUCAAACACCCUGGACAACAUAGCUUACAUAAUGCCUGGACUAUGAGUUCUCACACCUCUGGCCAGAACUCUGUAUCCCUAUUGCACUUCAUGAGAAACUGACCUCACUCAUCAUGCAACACCUUUUUUAGGGGUACUACACAAAAUAGAACCAGAGGAUUUUAUCUGUUCCCCCUUAAAAAAAAACAAAACAAAAAAAAACAAUGGACAUUUGUAGUUGUAGACGUUUUUUAAAAGCUAUUUGAAAAUGUUUAAUAUUUUUAAAUUGUUUUUUUUUUUUUUUUAAAGGAAUCAGGAAUCCUAUUUUAGAGAACAUGUCUGUGUAGGGCUUUAUUGUUACAGUGUGUGUAUGAAUGUUUAUUGUUUGGGAAUUUGUUAGUAUUCUUAUUCGACUUGCAUACAUUCAUUAUGUCCAGAGCAAUUUAUUUUUAUGCAAAAAAAAAAUGUACAGUUUCAUGUCAGGGCCCAAGGCUGUUUUUAUUAAUUUACCAUUACGUAUAUAAACAAACAGCAGUUUGACUGCAGUAGUCAUUUUAUUGCCUCACUUACGGUUUUGUACAUGUAAAAAAUUAUAUAAUGUGAUUGAAAUGUUAAGUUGGUUUAUAGUAAAAGCAUGUAUGGAAUCUUUUUGAAA